CCAAAAAUCUCUAAUUAAAAAGCAAAAUUUCUUUUCGUCAAAAUUUCUUUUCUUUCUUUCUUCCCUCCGUCCUUCCCUCUUCAUCUCCUCCAUUCCCUCUCUGACGGACCUCCUCUCCAUCUCCCGUCCUUCUCAAUCUUCCCUCUUCUUCAUAAUUUGCAGAAGAGAGAAAAAGUAUACACAAUAACCCAUCCAUAUCCUUCCGACCCGAAUCCCCUCUCAUCAUCUAUCUUCCUCCUCGCAUAGCAGAUCGUUCCAAGGGAAAGAGCUUCCCUCCCCAAAUUUUUUGGCGGUUCCCAGAUGUCAUGAAGAACAUCUUGUGCUUCAUUUGCUCUUCCACCAUGAAACCCUCUGCUCGAUUCCUCAUCUCCCGAACCUCCAAAUCCUUUCUGGGUUCCGCCAAACACCCCCUUAGAUCCAAUCGAACCCACAGCUCUCUCGCCAACACUUGCCGCCCUGGCCCCGGCACAAUCAUCACUCCUCCUCCGCCGCCGGCUCCGGCUCGGUUCAUCCCCUACAGGCUCAUGUCCACCGUAUUCCGCCCCGGGUUCGCGCCGCCGUCGAUAGCUUUCGCGAACAGGGGUUCCUUUUGCGUCGCCUCGAGGGCGGUGGUGCGGCAGCAGCAUUCUACUUCGGUGGAGACGCGGGUGAACGAGAACAAUUUCGAGAGGAUUUACGUCCAGAAUGGAAUCGCCGCCGCCGCCGCGAAGCCGUUGGUCGUGGAGAGGAUCGAUAAGGACGAGAACAUCCGUGAGGUCGUGAGCGUGGAGGAUGGUUCAGCCGAGGAAGGAGAUUUGAAUUUGAGGAACCCGGAAGGGGUCGAGAUCGUCAGCCCUAGGAGGGAAGAGAGUGAUAUCGAGAAGGAAGCGUGGAAGUUGCUAAACGACGCCGUUGUGAGGUACUGCGGGAGCCCCGUUGGAACCGUUGCGGCGAAUGAUCCUGGGGACAAGACGCCAUUGAACUAUGACCAGGUUUUCAUUCGUGACUUCGUGCCUUCUGCGCUUGCCUUCUUGCUCAGGGGCGAAGGAGAGAUUGUCAGAAACUUCCUGCUCCACACCUUGCAGUUGCAGAGCUGGGAGAAAACAGUAGAUUGCUAUAGUCCAGGCCAAGGGUUAAUGCCUGCUAGCUUCAAGGUCAGAACUGUGUCUCUUGAUGGUGACAAGACUGAAGAAGUUUUGGAUCCAGAUUUCGGAGAAUCGGCCAUUGGCCGAGUUGCCCCUGUGGACUCUGGAUUGUGGUGGAUUAUUUUGCUGAGGGCCUAUGGGAAAAUCACUGGUGACUAUACAUUGCAAGAAAGGGUCGAUGUGCAAACCGGCAUUAAGUUGGUCUUGAACUUGUGCUUGGCUGAUGGAUUCGAUAUGUUUCCUUCUCUGUUAGUCACUGAUGGUUCCUGCAUGAUCGAUCGACGCAUGGGUAUUCAUGGCCAUCCUCUCGAGAUCCAAGCAUUGUUUUACUCAUCUCUACGAUGUGGUCGUGAGAUGCUUACGGUAACUGAUGGCUCAAAGAAUCUUGUGAGGGCUAUAAACAAUAGACUUAGUGCUCUAUCCUUCCACAUUAGGGAAUAUUACUGGGUGGACAUGAAGAAGAUGAACGAGAUAUACAGGUAUAAGACAGAAGAGUAUUCCUUGGAUGCCACAAACAAGUUCAAUAUCUAUCCUGAGCAAAUCCCUCUAUGGCUCAUGGAUUGGAUACCUGAGGAAGGUGGGUAUCUAAUUGGGAAUCUGCAGCCGGCUCACAUGGACUUCAGGUUCUUCACUCUUGGGAAUCUCUGGUCUGUGAUAUCAUCACUGAGUACCCCGAAACAGAACGAAGCUAUACUGAAUCUGAUAGAGGGAAAAUGGAAUGAUAUUGUGGGACACAUGCCUCUCAAGAUAUGCUACCCUGCGUUAGAGAAUGAGGAAUGGCGUAUAAUUACUGGAAGUGACCCAAAAAACACAGCUUGGUCAUAUCACAAUGGUGGCUCAUGGCCAACCCUUCUGUGGCAGUUCACCUUGGCAUGCAUCAAGAUGGGUAGAAUCGAUCUAGCAAGGAAGGCAGUCAGCAUGGCCGAAUCAAAGCUUGGUGCUGACCGUUGGCCCGAGUAUUAUGACACCCGAACUGGCAAGUUCAUAGGGAAGCAAGCUCGACUCUAUCAGACUUGGACCAUUGCAGGGUUCUUAACGUCCAAAGUACUGCUCGAAAAUCCAGAGAAGGCUUCAUUGUUGUUCUGGGAGGAAGACUAUGAGCUCCUGGAGAUGUGCGUUUGUGCACUGAGCAAGACCGGUCGGAAGAAAUGCUCUCGUGUCGCUGCCAAGUCUCAGAUUCUUGUGUAGCCUGCCAAUAUCCAUAAUACACAUCCAUUCAUUACUGUACAGCAUACAGAAUUUACCUAAAGGGUCUGUCAUGACCAUUGAAAAGGGAGGAUCAAAUUUUGGAGCUCCAUAGUUGUAAUCCUCUCCUACAUUAGUAGAGUAGCAGCAGCAGAAACUGGGAAUGCUAACUACCGUAUAAGGCAAGGCAUGGGAGCAUGUUCCCCUGUCUUCCCAUUUAGCAGAAGUUGAUGGGGUUCCCCCUGUUCUUCUGACAUUUUUUUGUUUAUCUGUUAACCACUUGAGCACCAUUGAUUAUGAAGCUCGUUUUGUGGAGGGAAGGAAGAGUAUGUUACUUAAAGGAAAAUGUGUAGCAUAUAGUUUCUCCUCAAUCAUUCACUCUUUUACAUUACUACUAAAAUACACCUUUCAUAUCUGUAUAUUCUACAUAGUGUAUCCUCAAUUCAAUGUCUGAUCAAGCAGUAAAAGAACUUCCUCUAGAUC